CUAAAAUCAAGAAAAUGAGUAUCCCUUCGAGUAAUCUGGCCGACCUGGCCGCGCAAAUCAGCCAAGCCACCGACCAAGUCAAUGCCUUUCUGGUUGCCAACGGCCAUCCCCAGCCCUCGUUCGACCGCGAUGCACCCCCUGCAUUCCCCGAAGCACCGGCCGCCAUUCAGGCCGCCCGUCAGCAGAUCCUGGAUGCCUGUCAGUCCAUGUAUGAUGCGUUGGUUGGACCGGCCGAGCAUCUCCGUUGGAUGGCAUGUAGAUACCACGACAUGUCCAGCCUCCGAUGGCUCUACCACUUCAACAUCGCCGCCGCCAUUCCUCUGGACCGGGCCGUCCCGUACAGCGAGGUCGCCGCCACAGCCAACGUGGAUGGAAACCGACUGAAAACCGUCCUGCGCCUGGCCAUGACAAACCGGCUCUUCAGCGAGCCGCGUCCGGGGUUCGUAGCCCACAACGCUGCCUCGGCUCUCCUGGUCACCUCGCCUGCCUUAAACGACUGGGUCGGGUACACCACCGAGGAAAGCUAUCCCGCCUCGGUCAAGCUGGUCGAAGCCACCGAGCGCUAUGGAUCCAGCCAGCUCGCUAACCAUGCUGCCUAUAACCUUGCCUUUGAUACCGAUGAGCCCAUGUUCGUCCACCUGCAGCGCUUCCCGGAGCGGGAGCGGCGGUUCGCUAACACCAUGGUCGAGAUGACCUCCACCGAGGGUUAUGGUGUGCAUCACUUGGUCGACGGGUAUCCGUGGGAGGAGAUCGAAGGCACGGUGGUGGAUGUCGGUGGGUCAACAGGCCAUGCGAGCAUUGCCAUCAGCCACAAGUUCCCCACGGCCCGGUUCGUGGUGCAGGAUGUCGAGGGAGUGGUUGAACAGGGUCGCGCCGUCCUGCCUGCUGCGCUGACAGAGCGGGUUACCUUUCAGACGCACGACUUUUUCACACCGCAGCCCGUCAGCGCCGACGUGUAUCUCUUGCGCUUCAUUUUACAUGAUCAUCCCGAUGCCCGGGCCGUCCAGAUCUUGCAGAAUCUCAUCCCCGCCAUGAAGAAGGGAAGUCGGGUGAUUUUGAAUGAGGGAGUUCUGCCGGAGCCAUUGACGCUAGGGAGGGGCGAGGAGAGGACUGCACGAAUCAUGGACAUGGAGAUGAUCACCAGUUUUAACGCGCGGGAACGUCCGCUGGAGGACUGGAAGAAGCUGUGUCAGGAUGCACAUCCGGGGUUGAAACUGCGGCGCUUAUUCAAACCGGCUGGGAGUAUCAUGUCCAUCAUGGAAUUUGUGAUGGAGGAAUAGGAAGCUGGGCUCGGCUGCAUAGCCCAAGUAUCAAUGGGUCUUUAUGUUUCUUCAUGCAGGGUUACAGUAGUGCUGAGAAACAAUCUUCUAAAUUUGUCAGCCAGGUGAAAUUGAGU